AUGCAGCAAGAGUAUGAAGAAGCUAAAAAUUUUCGAAGAUGGGACAAGAAACGAGAGUGUUAUGUCAAUAGCAAAGGAGAACCUGUGGUUCAUCCAAGAGAAGUGGUAUAUAACGAUGUUCUUGCAGUAAUACCUUUGUCCGGUGAAUACUAUUCAAAUGUCGAAAAAGGUAAAAAUUAUGUUAAAAAGCUGGACAAGAUAAUCAGGGAUGUCAUGACAACAAGUCUUAGGCAGAGAGAUGAAGAAAGAAUGAAGAAGAAUGUUGAAAAUUUGGUGGAUGAAUUGAAGAAGGUUGUUGAAGAAGAGAAAGAAGAAGUAGAAGCAGGUGGUGAAGAAGAUCAGAAACCAGCAGAAGAAGCUGUUACUAAAAAACAGCAGGAUAAAAAGAAUUUGAAGAAGAAAGAAGAAGUUAAUGAAGAGAAACAAGAAGAAGCUGAUGAGAAGCUGGAAAAGUCGGUUGAAGUAGCUGAUGCAGGUGAAGCUGUUGCUGAGGAACAGCAGGAGAAGGAAGUUGAUCAGAAGAAGACGACAGAAAAAGCCGAGGUGUCAACUACUGAGGUAAAUACUUCAACUGAAUCUUCUGAGGUUUUAAAUACAACUGUUGAACAGUGCAAGAAAUGCAUGGAAGCGUGCAGUGCUUAUACGCUUAAGCGACAAUAUGAAAUAAAACAACAAGUUGUGAACUCUUAUAUUGAAGAAGUCGCUGAGCUUAAACGUAAAAUAACUGAUUUAGAACAAGAUAAUAACAAGUUGCAUAGUUAUCACGAUUUAUCAUAUGUUCUUGAACGUAUUUUCAACAUUAAACCGGAUGUUAACGAUUCUGAGAAAAACAAGAAAGGAAUUGGCUCAAAAUAUCAUCAGGUUCCACCACCGUUUGAGGAAAAAAUUACAUUCUAUGAUGACGAGAAGGUGGAAAAAGCUUUCAACAUGAGUGAAAAUGUUCACUUAAAAUCUGAACUAAAUGGGUUCAGUAUGAGAAAAUGGUAUUCAAACAUCAACAGCAAGAGGUUGAACAUUAAUAAAUACGAAAAUGACCAAAACCCAGAUGAAGAACGAACAAUGGGUUUUAGGCUUAAAAUCUUGAAUAUGAAUAAAAACAGAGCAAUUACUUGGAAGAAUAAGCUUCAAAGUUUGCUGAAAAAGAAGAAGAAGAGAGGGGGAAGGGUAUCUGGAGGGGCAUUUUAG